AAAAGCACAAGUGUACCAGGAGAUGUUACCAGGAGUGUGGGCCUUGCAUGGAGCUCGUGACAAAAAUCCUUCCUCUCUGUGGCCAUGUUCAGAAUGUCCCUUGCUCCAAGAAUCCUGUUGAAGUGAAUUGCCAAUCACCCUGCUCAAAGAUUCUAUCGUGUGGCCAUCGGUGCAAGAAUAGGUGCUCUGAAGAGUGCAGUGUGAAGUGCACUGCCAUUACAAAGAAAUAUUGGCCUUGCGGACAUGAAAACGAGACGGAAUGUCAUGUGAAUCCACUACACAGUCCAUGUAGGGCACCUUGUGGUGUGACCUUAAAGUGUGAACACCCUUGUGCUGGUGACUGCUUUCGUUGUCUCCGUGGUCGAGUCCACUUGCCAUGCAAGGCUGAAUGUGGCCGCACUCUCUUCUGUGGUCAUAGCUGCAGUGAGCCGUGCACUAAAAACUGCCCUCCAUGCAAGGACAAAUGCGGCAACUACUGCAAGCAUAGCAAGUGCACGAAGAAAUGUGGUGAGCCUUGUGAUCUUUGUAACGAGAAAUGCAUCUGGCGUUGCGAGCAUCAUAAAUGCACGAAACUAUGCGGGGAACUGUGUAAUCGUCCACGAUGUGACGAACCAUGUACAAAGCAACUUACGUGCGGGCAUCCUUGUAUCGGUCUCUGUGGGGAAAUAUGCCCAAAAAAGUGCCGAGAGUGUCACAAAGACGAAGUGACGGAGAUAUUUUUCGGAACCGAAGAUGAGCCGGACGCAAGAUUCGUGGAGCUGGCAGACUGCGGUCACGUGUUUGAGGUUAUGCUUAACAUUCGAAUUUGCACUGAUUUUGAAGAUGAAAGCAAAGUCGAGAAGGACCUGGUGACGAGGUGA